AUGAAGCGGGUGCGUUCAAGUGAUGGCCCUUUGCCGCCAAAGCGGAGGGGUGGCAUUCGACAGCGCCGGGAAAGGCAAGCCAGGGAGGAAGCUCUGCCACAACAGUCAGUUUUGGCAGUGUUGCUGCUGCAGCUGUUUGCUUGGGGUGACAUUAGUGCGCAACUGGCUCAGAAAAUAGCUGAUGCAGCUUACAAGGAUGCGAACAGCAUGAAAGCAGCAGAAACAGACCUGGGGCACCUGCAGAAGAUUGCGUCAGUUGGUUGCGGCGGCCAGUACCAGAACAAGUGCUAUUCAGAUUUGAUGAAAAACCUGCCGAUGAGGAUUCACAUUCCAGUGCCUACAUUGACAAAGUUGCCAUUCAGCUGUGGUGACCUACUUCAAGGAUUCCUUCUACCUCACGAAAUGUUCAGCGCGUUGCACCACCAUUACCCCAGUGCGUGGUCCAAGUUUGUUGUUCCAUCUCAAGAGCGGCUUGAGUCAUUUUGGAGGACCAAUUCAUUGCAUCCGUCAUUUGCAGCCCGGAAUUUGGACAGCAGACCCGAAUACCGUCGGUUUUGCGUACCCCUUUCACUACACGGUGAUGAUGUACCGGUAGUCGGUGUGGGCAAGGCAUGGUGUGCGCUGCUUACGGUGUUUUCGUGGACUAGCAUGUGUGGAUUGGGCUCAACAAAAGAGUCCCAGUUUUUCAUCUGGGGAUGUUGGGAGAAGCUGCGGAAGUACAACCUUGACGACCAAGCCCAGGAUACACUGGGGUCGUUCUUCAAAGUUUUGGUUUGGUCUUUGCAGUGGUUGGAACGGGGACAGUGGCCCGACCGGGAUUGGCAAGGAAAAAUGUUCCCUCCGUUGAGUGAAGCCGGUCGAAAAGCGCUGAAGCCACUAGCUAAUGGCUACUAUGCUGCCCUUUGGUCCAUUUUGGGCGACUUAGAUUAUCUCGCGAAGGCCCUCUUGCUUCCACGCUCUACGUUGGCCUCCGGGCCAUGCAGCCUAUGCCGAUGUAAAGGCAAAGGCCCUUACUCGUGGUUGGAUUUUAGUUUGAAAGCUGCCUGGCGCACUGUGCAGUGGACCGCCCAUGGCUGGCGCCAGUGGCCUGAACGUUCCAAAAGUCCACUGUUUGACAUUGACGGCUUUACUCCUCACUUGAUAGCUCUCGAUUGGCUUCAUUGUAAGUACCUCGGCCACGAUCAGUUCACGUACGGCAGCAUCUUAAGUUUGCUCACGCAUUACAUUUUGAAGAAAUCGCCUACGGAGAACACUGCACAAGUUUGGAAGGACAUUCGCGAGUACUACAACGCCCACAAGACACCCAGCAGGUUCCGCACCAUGAAGGUGAGUAUGUUUCAGCGAAAGGACCCGCAGUAUCCCAAGCUUCGCGGCAAGGGCGCAGAAAUUAAAUGGCUCGCAGGCCCUAUGUUGAGCGUGUGGGAAAAGUAUCAAAACAACAACCUGCAGAUCCACAAGCAAAUCCAUUCCUACCUGCAGCUCAACUUCGAGUUGGAGGAAACGUUGAACAGGUAUAAAGAAGACAUGGCGCUUCCGCCCGAUGUCGCUGCCUACUUCGAAAACACCUGCACGGCCAUGCUUCUGGUGCUCUCUGCAGUAGCCGAGCACUUUUUGGCGGAAAAGCUCUUCAGUUUGACGCAGAAAGCUCACUUUUGCCAACACAUCUCGAUGAUGUCGCGAUUUGUUUCUCCUAGGUUGACUUGGUGCUUCACCGGGGAAGACAUGCAAAAACGCAUGUCUCAUUUGUGCAAAGCAUGCGUGCAAGGGCAGCAACCGUCUCAAAGUGUCUUGAAACUCAUUACCAGAUAUCGUCUGGGCCUGCAUCUGACUUUCAUGGACCAAUCCUAA